UAGAGCAGAGGGGGUGGAGUCCUACAAGAUAGCUGGCUGAGUAUAAAUGGAAGGUCAUGCAAGAUUCUGGGGUGAAGGGAGCACACAGACCUCGCAGGAGCACUGGCUGUCUACCAUUUUACGUCUCUGCGCAACACCAGCAGCAUGGAGACCUCCAGCACAACUUUCCUGCCCGGAUUUGGCCUUGGCUCAAUGGCUCACUCCGCUGGACUUGUGGAGAUUGCCGUCAGAUUGUGUUUGAACCAGCGUAAACAAUUGUGUCCUCAUGUUUGGGUGCCCAUCCUGAAACCGCUGCGACCCUGCAUCCGCUCCGCGUCGUCCGACAUCCUACGCCAAGUCGGUCCGACCCAGACGAUCGCAGGUUACUUUGAGGACUUGGAUGAUUCCGAUGAUGAUGAUGUUUGGGCCCCGGUCAAGAACAAGCGUGUGGUUUUCGCCGACUCCAAGGGCCAGUCGUUGGCAGAUGUGCGAGUCUUUUCCGAAGAGGAGGACCACUCCGACCUGGACCCUUUGCCGUCCCUCCAGGGUUUGCUUCAGAUGACCGAGGCUGGUUACAGUUGCACGGUCAGCACCUGCUGCCCGGGAACACGACUCACGCUCGGCUUCCCGCAACCCUCCGCUAAUUUCCAGGCCUUUCGUGCCAAGCUGGCCGAGAACAUGGUCACCCUGGAGAACUGCACAGUCACCGAGCAAGCCCUCAGAGGCACCGCCCGAGUCCAAAACAUCAGCUUCCAAAAAGAUGUGCGUGUGCGUAUCACUUUUGACUCAUGGCAGAGCUACAGAGAUGUUCCCUGCACAUACCUGCAGCAACGCUUUGGAGGGCCCCAAACGGACAUCUUUGAGUUUGACAUAGACAUACCCAAAGUGCUUGAUGCAAAGAGGAAGAUAGAAUUCUGCUUAAGUUAUUCACCAGGAGGGCAGGGUCAAACUUUUUGGGACAACAACAAUGGACAGAACUAUACAAUUGAAGUGUGUGUGAGUUCACAUCUUUGUCACAAUUAGUUGAGCAUGUCAUGAAGACCAACUUCAAUG